UUUUUAUGCGUUCCGAUGAUGCAUGAACGCAACGUAUUCGUGUUUUCCCGACGUCCACCGAAGGCGUCGCCGACUCGGCUGGCUUUAGCCACGCCCCUCUGCGCCGUGACGUCACCCGGCUGGCUUUCCGCACAUGGACGUCGUCGUGAAGGUCUGAGCGGUGCUGGGAGGGCGGGAGCGUCUGUACCUCCGUCAAAGCCGAGCUGCCUCCGCCCUCCGCCUCCAGUCCGCCGACCGCCAGCCAGCCUCGACGACAGCCCAAGCCGCCUGAGCCUCGGCGACCCCCGUUUCCAGCCUCCGCGAGUCCCUCCCCCGGGCCGCAGCUGCGGGAUUUCGACGUCUCUGCGAACUUUGUUCUCCGCUUGCCGUCGACGACGAAUGGAGAAAAUGGCCAGACCUCUUCCCGUCAACGCAGCUUUCCUGCCGCCGACGCACGGCGUGCUAAAGUCGCUGCUGGAGAACCCGCUCAAAUUGCCUUUCCACCACGACGAAGGUUUUGGUAAAGAGAAGGACAAGGAGAAGAAAUUGGAGGAUGAGAGCGGAGCGGCCAACCCGCCACAGUCGGCCUUCCUCGGGCCCACACUGUGGGACAAGACACUGCCCUACGAUGGCGACAACUUUCAACUGGAGUACAUGGAUCUGGAGGAGUUCUUGUCCGAGAACGGCAUUCCUGCCAACACGGCGCAGAGCGACCAGCGGCAAGCGGCCCCACCGCCGCCGCCCCCCCAAGCCCCACAGGCCCCCCAGGCCCCGGCCGCCCCAUCAGUGGUGGACCUGAGCAGUCGCGCCGCCACUUCGGUGCACGCCAGCAUGCAGACGUGUUUGCGCAGCCCCAACGCUACAGGCCCGGCGGUGACAUCGGCAUCGUCACGCGACACGCCCAGCCCCAUCGACCCAGAGUCCAUCCAGGUGGCGCUAAGCUACGAGCCCGACCCAGCCGACCUGGCGCUGUCCAGCGUUCCCGGCCAGGCUGUUUUCGACCCGCGCAAGCACAAGUUCUCGCCCGAGGAGCUCAAGCCGCAACCCAUGAUUAAAAAGGCCCGGAAGGUCUUUAUACCAGAUGACCUCAAGGACGACAAGUACUGGGCACGCCGCAGAAAGAACAACGUGGCGGCUAAGCGGUCGCGAGACGCUCGGCGGCUUAAGGAGAACCAGAUCGCCAUCCGCGCCGGCUUCCUGGAGAAGGAAAACGCCGCCUUGCGUCUGGAGGUAGCCGACCUACGCAAAGAGCUGGGACGCUGCAAGAACGUCGUGGCCAAGUACCAGGCCAGGCACGGCCCCCUGUGAGCCCCCACCGCAGAGAGAAAUAUUCUUUAAAGUUAGCAGCCAUUGACGGCGAAGGACGUCCCGUCCAUUCCGUCAGAAUAGGCGGGAUAUCCGACGCCGUCAGUGGUAUGUCAGGACCGUCGCCCUCCUCCUUCUCCUCCGCUGACGCACACCCGAGCCCCUUUCGCACAGCAAAGCAUUCUGGGGGUUUGACAAAUUCCCAGCUAAUUCAUUUGAAAAACAGUAAGGGUGCAAAAAAGGAGAAGUUUAUAUAAACUUUAGAAAAGUCCUGGAAGUUUUUAUGGAAGGUUCUCUUCCAUUUCUGAGAAGUUUCCGUGAAAAUAGAUUUUUGAAAAUGUUGUGCAAAGAUUUUCUAGGGAGUUUGGGGAAAUUUGAAGUCAUUUUCUGGAAAACGUUCUGUUGUAAUUAUGUUUGUCAUUUUUUUCCCAACAUGCUUUGCAAAGUUUAAAAAAAAAUUGUGGAAACCUCACAAGGAACUUUCACAUGAAUUUCUGGGAAAGUACUAUUGACUUUUUGUGAAGUUUGUGUCAUUUUCAGGGGAAGGGGUUUCUGAAAAUACUUUGCUGAAUUUUCCCUCCCCAAAAAUCUGGAAGCUUUGAAGAAAUUUCAGGAAAUUUUCAGAAAAAGUUCACCUGAAUCUUCUGCUAAAUACUGUAUUUUUCGGACUAUUAGUCGUACCUGAGUAGAAGUCGCACCAAGAACAGACAUGUCAUCUUGAAAGGCAAUUUAAAAUAAAAACGGAGAGCAACAUGCUAAAUAAGUACGGUAUGCAAACGUUACGCUGCUGCUCCAUUACAGUUUUCGGCUGCAUAUUUCACUACUUGCAGCUUGUGAUCUGCAGAAUUAAGAUUUUCUUUUCGUUUCCAUUCUCUUCAGCCCUUCUCAGUUGUUUUUAUAAGUUACCACCAAUGUUGAAAUGCAGGCUUUGAGCGCCCUCUUGCGGUUUAGUGUGAAAAUAACAUGAAAUAAUAAUGUGUUAAUCAUUUCACAUGUAAGUCGCACCCCCCAAAUAAAGGGGGCGACUUAUAGUCCGAAAAAUCCAGUCCUUCUGAAUCUUUUCAAUUCAAUUGAAUGGAAAUGAAAUCUAACAUGAUCUUCUCAGUUGGAAGAUACACUCCUGCCACCUGCUGGACUUAAAAAGAACAGCACUGUUUAUCACUCGUACAAGUGCUAAAUGUACAAAAAGAGCCAUUUUUGGUGUUCAGUGUGAAAGGGGCUUCAUUUUUGCGUUGAGGCCAUCUGACCUCAGACUUGUUUUUCUAACCUAUUGAUGUUUUCACCCCGGCUCUCAAUUCUGAUUGGCCGACACCCAUUACCCUCUUCCUCCUCAUCUUCAUCACUUGUGCACUAAAGCGUAGUUCACAAUCUUCUUUUCCCUCCGUACGGCGGCAGUUGUUUUUUCCAGCGUGAUUUGUUCCUUUUCCUCCACUGAUUAAUUCUUUUUUUUUUUUUUCUUUUCAAUGUUAAUUUUUUUUCAUUUGUGUCUAAUGUAGCAUACGUGCGCCCCCUCCCCUCCUUCCCACGUGGUAGAGCCCCACCCUCCUCCCUAGCGGACGCCGCCGCCACGAAUGUAAAAGGAGGAAAAAGUUUUUUUUGUUUUUCGGUGUGGGCGGACGGCGUCCGUUUUGUGUAUGGCAGACCAAACCAAUCGCUUACAGAGAUGAUAUAUUGGUUACAAGAGAUGUUUAUAUAUAUAUAUAUAAAACCUAUAAAUCUUUACGUUGUUGUUUUGUACAGUAUUUUUCCUAAACAUUUACUGAAGAUGUAUUUUAAAGGCACAACACAUCCAGAAGAUUAUUAAAGAUUACAACAAUUCAAAA